AUGGGCGGAGCCUCGAGGAGUGACGUCAGCGGGCGUAUAGAUGAUCUUUGCGGCCGCGGCUCGGUUCAGUCCGUCGGGGAAGAGACGGAACAGUUUCCUGCUUUGAGUCCGGGCAGUCUUGAAGAAGCAGCCAUGGCGUCGGGCCUGUACAGUGUUGUUGUGGUGUUGGCUUUAUCCGUGGCCCUGGCCCCUCGUGUAGCUGCAGGGGACCGCAACUGUCUGUCCUACGAUGGCCAACCAUUCCAAAGAUGCGAUAGAGGAUUUUGCUGCGGGACCUGCUUAAAGAGAGAGUGCUGUACAAAUAUCUUCUAUAAGUUUACUGAGGACAAACAAGAAGACUGUAUAAGCUAUCAAACGUAUUCCUCACCAAUGCCCAUGAUCCUUGGUAUUGGAACCGUCAUCACCAUGUUCCUCAUCUUCAUCUGCUGCUGUGUCUGUCCCUGCUGCUGCAUGUACAAGAUGUGCCGCAAGCCAAGACCUGUGAUAGCUACCACCACCCACACCACAGUGGUCACCACCACUCCUCGGCAGUACCCGCAGCAGCCAACCGCAUCACCUGGGCAGCCUCAGUCCUACCAGGGGGGCCAGUGUCUGAUCUACAACCCCGUACCAGUGCAGCCCCAGGGUUACGGACCUCAUCCAGUGCCCCAGGGUUACGGACCUCAACCAGGGCCACAGGGUUACGGACCUCAACCAGGGCCCCAGGGCUACGGACAUCAGCCGAUGCCCCAGGGCUACGGAGCUCAGGCCAUGCCAACGCCACCCUACCAUGGACAAGCAAUCGCAGCAGGACCACCACCAACGUAUCAGGAAGCCACGGGCCCUGGCUUCCCUCCCAACCCGAUGCCUUAUAGCCAGGCUGCAUUCAGCCCCGGCCAGCCGGGGUACCCUCUGCAGCCUCCCGUCCAGCCGCAGCCCAAAGGUCCGAACCCGCACACAGACUACCUAGCCCAGCCAGCGUUCAACCCGGAUUAUACUGGAUAAUGGACCUCACUCUUAACCGCUCUUAACGUGCCACAAUAUUUUCAAACUUGGCAGAACUGAAGAUGUGUAAUUUGAAUCGCUGAAGUGUCCCAGAGCUGUCUUGAUUCAUGUGUUUUGAUGGUUAAAUAUGGAAAUGUUAUGACACAUCUAUAGCUGUUGUAGUGCAUCUGUUCUGUGAAUGAGUUGCCAAGCAAAAAUGUAGAUACCUCCUGGCUGGCAUUGCAUGGACGUACUAUAUCCAAGUGGUGAGAUUGUUUUCUAUAUUUACAUAUAUUUCUUAAUGACUCCAUCUAGGUAAGUUACUCAUGAAACCACUGAGUCUGAUUCUAAAAAGUAAAUGAAGUGCUUUGACAUUUUCCAGCCUUCUUAACAUGCCUCAACACCUCCCGCCUGGUUCCCGCUGAUACUGUGCUCCGGCCGAACAUGCCGGUCAUUCAUCAUCUACAGUGAUUGUAGUCAGACUCAGUGGUAAAACUUUGGAGCAGUUUUUGGUAGCCACGGCCAUAAUCUCAUUGCUCCCAUGAGUUUUUUUUUUCAGAACGGUGAAGGGCUUCGAACCUUUUCACGUACUUUAUGAUGCUUUAUAUGUGUUACUUGGGAACAAGUCAAGUCCAAAGUCUGUAAUACGUCUCACUAGGUUUAUCAUAGAAUUGUAUAAAUAAGGGUCGUCUUUGAAACCUUUAAGCAAAAGGGAACGUUCACCAUGUCAAUUCAACAAAAUAAGCCUCGCUCACAGGCAAAGGUUUGUUUUGUUCGUAUGCAAGGGAGAGUUUACAUAAAGUUUUGUUUCUCCUUUUUUGCUAGGCAUGUUUUCAUUCAUUGUUUCCAUCUUGCCUGUGUAACUGAGCUGAAGUUCAUCGGCAGCUUUGAAUGAAAAACCCAAAGGAGAUAUUUUUUUCAACCAAACAAUCACAACAAGUUACAAAUGUUGUUACAAAAUGCAAGAAACAAUUGUGCCUUCUUAGCCACAUCAUUUUUUUUUAUCAAACUAAAGUAUGCAUGUAAUUUACAACAGUUUGAAAUCUCAUUUUCUAUUUAUCCAUGCAUAUUUCAUUUGUCUGUUUCACAACGUGUUGUGUUACUUGUGUCAUUAUAACACGUUCACUUCAACCAGCCAUAUUAUUUUGCAACUUUAGUUUCGAACUGCGUGUUAUGAAUCUUUAAAGGUCAUCUGUUUUUAUUAUUCAGUAUUUUGUUAUUUGCAUUGUGAAGUCCUUUCUUCUUUCUGGAAAUUGUCAUCACCAUUGCCUUAAUUAGACUGCACCAGCAUAACAGUCAGUUUUGAAUAGGUAGUCUGUUGUUUCUUUUUUAUCUAAAAACUAUACUGCUCUGCAUUGACACUUCUGCUUUCUGCUGACUGAAAUGACUUGAAAACAGUUUUUGCUAAAGUUAUCUUUUUUCUUAUGAGCCAGCUGAACCUGCAGAUGUACAGUCACAGCUCAUAUGACGAGCCAGACCUUGAACUUUUAACCCCCCUGCUAUUUCAGCUUCCCCAACAUAGUACCUAAUAUAUUCAACCUCAGUGUUUCAUUACAUGUGAGUAUAACGGGUACAGGUUUCAGAAUGACUUUCAGACGCAUCCAUGCUGUGGCUUAUUUCAUUUUACCAGCUGAUGUGAGACAUGCCAGCUAAUGAAUGGCCCCUGAUGUCCUCACAUAUCUUUGUAAUUUGUAAGCAGUUCAUUUGUGGGGAAUGUGCAUGUGUUUUUCUUACAUCGACAGUCAGUGUACUUUCCUGUAAGAUUGCCAUUUGUGUGAAGUCUGUCUUUAUAAAUGUAUUCUUCCUGUGA